CAAUCUCGAGCACUGCGCAUGCUCAUAACUUGGAAACAUAACGUGGCAUCAAACAUGGCGAAAGGACACACAGUGCUCCUGUUCCUCAGCAUAAUUCUGUCUCUCAUCCCCACCCACCUGCAGGCCAAGCAAGGGAAGCCCAGCCUCAUCCUCAGGGUAGACGAUUACAAGGAAUACAAGAAACUACUCAGGACCAAAACAAACCUCCUGGUUAUAUUUGCUCAAUCUGAAAAGGCAGCAUCGAAGUCCAUGACAUUGUUUGAGGAUGUGGCUGAGGAAGUGAAAGGAAAGGGCACUAUGGCCUUCAUCAACUGUGGAGAGGAAAAAAAAUUGUGCAAGAAGUUGAAGUCCACACCUGCAGCUCCAUACACCCUCAAGCAUUUUAAAGAUGGUGAUUACAACCGGGACUACGACAGGAAGUUGGUAUUUAAGUCGAUGGUGAACUUCAUGUUAGACCCCACUGGUGACUUGCCAUGGGAGGAGGACUCUACAGCCCAGGACGUCGUCCACAUCGACAAGGAGGAUGGGUUCAACAAAUUGUUGAGAAAAGAGAAACAUCCGAUGUUGGUGAUGUUUUACGCACCAUGGUGUGGAUACUGCAAGCGAUUGAAGCCUGAGUUUGCCUCUGCUGCCACGGAACUACGGGGUAACUACGUGCUGGUUGGUAUUGAUGUCGACAAGCCCCAGCAGAUGGCGUUGCGAGCUCAGUACAACAUCACAGGUUUUCCAACAAUCUACUACUUUGAGAAGGGUAGGGUAAAGUACAAGUAUGGAGGGGAAAACACCAAGGAUGGAAUCAUCAGCUGGAUGAAGGACCCAAAGCCACCACAGGAACCUAAGAAGGAAGCGGAAUGGUCAGAGGAGGAGUCUGAUGUUGUGCAUCUGGAUGAUGCCAACUUCGCAGACCAUAUAGCCAAGGACCCAUCAGUGUUAGUUAUGUUCUAUGCACCAUGGUGUGGUCAUUGUAAGAAGAUGAAGCCGGACUACUCAGAAGCUGCCAAGGAAAUGAAGGAAGGAGGGAUUAGUGGGACUCUGGCAGCUGUGGAUGCCACCAAGAGUAGGAAGAUGGCAGAGGAGUAUAAGGUUCAGGGCUUCCCUACAGUCAAAUAUUUCAAAGAUGGCCAGUAUGCAUUUGAUGUUAAUGAGAGGACCAAAGAAAAGAUUAUGGAAUUCAUGAAGGACCCAAAGGAACCGCCACCGCCCCCACCUCCAGAGCCCAAGUGGGAUGAACAGGAAAGUGAUGUAGAGCAUCUCGGGGAUGACACCUUCAAAGCCUUCCUCCGGAAGAAGAAACAUGCACUUGUUAUGUUUUAUGCACCAUGGUGUGGCCACUGCAAGAAGGCGAAGCCAGAGUUCACUGCUGCAGCAAGUCAGUUCAAAGAUGACAGCAAGGUGGCGUAUGCUGCAGUCGACUGUACAAUCCACACAGGAGUGUGUGGCACACACGAUGUUAGUGGGUAUCCCACAUUCAAAUAUUUCAACUAUGGAAAAAAUUCUCAAAAAUAUAUGGGAGGUCGAGAGGAAGCCGACUUCGUCCACUUCAUGAAGGACCCCCUGAACCCCACCCCCACCCCUGUUGCUGCCAGCCAGCCACCCAAGGAGGAUGCAUGGAAGGAUGUAACAGGCCACGAAAACGUCCACAUCCUGUCAGACUCCAACUUUGACGGCUUCAUCAAGGAGAAGAAGUCUGUCCUUGUUAUGUUUUAUGCACCCUGGUGUGGACAUUGCAAGGCCAUGAAACCUGCCUAUGGGGAGGCAGCUGCCCAGCUCAAGAAAGAUGGAGUUGAAGGUGUCCUGGCUGCAGUAGAUGCCACUGUAGACACGGCCGUUGCAGGGAAAUAUGAAAUCCGAGGAUAUCCAACCUUGAAAUAUUUCAAAGAUGGUGCUCUAGCAUUUGAGUAUUCAAGUGGCAGAUCAUCAGGCGAUCUUGUAUCUUUUAUGAAAAACCCUACAGCUCCACCCCCUCCCCCUCCCCCCGAACCAGAAUGGAGUGAUGAGAAAAAUGACGUCUACCACCCUACAGACAAGGACUUUGAUUCUUUUAUGGCUAAAGAAAAAUCUGUUUUAGUCAUGUUUUACGCACCUUGGUGCGGACAUUGCAAGAAGAUGAAGCCAGCAUUUGCAGCUGCUGCAGCUAGACUUAAAAAAGAAUCACCCAAUGCUAAGCUUGUGGCCGUAGACGCCACCAAGUACAAGGAUAUCGGUCAGAGAUAUGGCGUGGCUGGUUAUCCAACGUUGAAAUAUUUUGAACAUGGUCAAGAGAAGUUUGACUAUAGCGGGGGUCGAACUGAAGAUGCUAUUGUACAAUUUUUGAAAAACCCUAAGGCUCCACCACCUCCACCACCUCCAGAGCCAGAGUGGAGCACAGUGGCGUCGGCGGUCAACCACCUGACCUCUGAUACCUUCAGUGACUUCAUGGCACAGCGGGAGUCUGUCCUGGUCAUGUUUUACGCACCAUGGUGUGGUCACUGUAAGCGGGCCAAGCCGGACUUCCAGAGUGGCUCUGAAGCCAUAAAGGGGGAUAAGAAGAAGGCCUUUGCAGCAGUCGAUUGCACCAAGAAUACAGAUGUGUGUAAAAAAGAAGAUGUGAGUGGUUACCCUACAAUCAAGCUAUAUGUGGGUGGCAAGUUCCUCACUGCUUACAAUGGUGAUAGGACGAAAGAUGAAUUUGUCAAGUUUCUUAAGAAUGCCCCAACAAUAAAGAAAGAUGAAUUAUAGAAAUCCUGUUUUUAAUUAAAAUAUUUAUAAUUUUAA